ACGGGUAAUAAUGUGGGACCGCGCUGCCAGAAUGGAAGCUUUUGGAAUCAAGGAAACCGAGAUAACCGUUUCGCUUCCUUUGCAUUUGCUGGAGUGCAAACAAGUGGCUCCAGGAGUUUUCGAAUUCACCACCACUGAUGAUGUAUGUGAACAGUAUGGACUUUCGCACAGAGCCACGUUCACUAUCCCUCUUACUGCAGAGGAGGUUGCGAGGUUGGAUUUCGAAAGAUCCGCGUCAAAGCAGGAACCUCGAGCUUUGGGAAAAGUUGCUGUUGAUGAGAAGAACAAGUGUUCAACUUUUGAGAAACAUGACGACUGGUCCAAGGAUAAGAAGGUAUUGAUGCCUGAAAAAGCUAUGCCGAUGGCUAUGCCACACGUCUCACGCAAGGUUGCUGUUGAUAAGAGAAGCGUGCUCUCUGAGAUGGCAGACGCUUCGAGUAUUGUAUUCCAGCGCAAAACUCGGAAAGUCGGAACCAAGUCCAAACAUCAAAAGAAACAUGGCAACCGUUUCAUGAUUGAUCAUGAGCUGAUUCUGCAGCAAUUUCGUGACAUCAGUUUGGAACAGUUUGAGUUUUCAUCCAACUCUGGGAAUGCUCCUCCAACUACAAAUGACAACAAAGAGCUUCUUCACAAACUGCCGAGAUGGAACAGAGCAAGAGCCGCUCGAGAACGCAUGAGACUUUUCAAUUAAGAAUCAGCCAAUCGCUUUAUUUACUUGAGAUGAUUAUUGUUUUUCCCUGAAUAGAUUCAUUAAUAAUCGU